CACACAAACGCUGUCUGUGUUUGUAGUCUGCUGCCGUCUGUCUGUGUUCGUAGUCUGCUGCCGUCUGUCUGUCUGUCUGUGGAUCAUUUGGAAGCUGCUGUUGGCUGGUUGCUAAAAGUGGGCGUCUGCUUUAUAUCAACCUUCACUUUAUUGCAGAAAACUAAAGGCAAUGGAAGAUCUCAGAAGUGAAUGGGAUGCUGCCACUAGCUUCGCUGCGGGUGCUGUGAGCGAGCGCUGGUGGAGCACAGUCAGUCGUCAAUACACAGAGGAGGGCAGGGUGUAUCAUGGUCAUGCUUACCUUGCUCAGCUGUUUGCUCUUUACCACCAACACCAAGAAAAGCUCACAAAUCCUCAAGCUGUGGCAUUAGCCAUAUUUUUCCACAAAUUGGAGUAUAACCCACGGAGUGGUGAUUCUGAUGUUAAGAAUAUUGAGAAGUUUGACGAGUUCAUCUCAGAAGCAGGAGAAGGCCACCAGGAUUCACCAUUGUCGGCAGCAGUGCGGUCCCUCCUGGAGGCUUCAGUAAGCAACUUGACAGAGGCCCACAUGAUGGAGGGCGGAUCUGGAUCAGAUGAUGUCCACUAUUUCUUGGAUUUUACCACAGCUGUGUUAGGGGCCCCUGCACCAGAGUAUGAUCAGUACACCACUAAAAUCCAAGCUGAAUACGUCCAUCUUCCUACAACUGCUUAUAACCAGCUUAGACUUAAAAUGCUGAAGAAUCUGGUCCUGAUGCCCAAUAUUUACACAACAAGAGAAUUUCAAACCGAACGAGAAAAAACUGCCCGGAAAAAUAUCCAACGUGAAGUUGAAAAUCUCCAGGCCUAAACUUAAACAAAUUUACGUGAAUAGUUAUGAUAAAAUUAGAUAUUCUGUUGUUAACACUUUGAGAGGACUAAAAAAAAUUUAGGCAGUGUAGAUAAGUGCAUUUAUUACUGAAAUUAAUAAGCAUCUAUGAGUGAUAUUUUGAGCAUAAUAUUUGUAUGUACUUCUACAGUACAGUAUUAUAUGGUGUUCAUUCUACAGAUUGAGUAAAGUAUGACAUUUCUAUGAAAAUCUGAAAAAUCCUUCGGUAAAGGGAAGGCAAGAUGUUAAUUUGGUCCAAUUUUGAACACACCCUCAUGUAAUAUAUACUGUGUUCAUUGAACACAGUAUAUACAGGUACAGUAUUUAAAACACACUUACCUUACAUGAACUUUAUUGGUAUUUCUCUAAUAAGGGGAUUCCCAUUUAUGUAAUUCAGAAAAUAUAGGUUGAUAAAGCCUUUGUUUUAGUACAAUUAUAAGAUGAUUUAUGUUACUUAAGACAGAUAUAGAUCAAUAUUAUUUUUUAAAUUAUUUAUAAUACAUUUCAUGUAGUUCCCAUAAAACAGUGAGAAGUCUGUACCUCGUAAGUUGAGGUUGACACACUCCAGCAGCACCACAAGAGAUGGUUCACUGUUCAGUCAUCAGUAGGUAAGCUUGUGCUGUUAUUUUGACCCAGAAUAAAUGAGAAAGUUCAUAUAUAAUCUAAAUGUAUUGUGAGUGUUAUGAAAAUAAUAAACUAAUUUAGCCUGAGUUUCAAGUUACUGAGCACAGAUUACCAUUGACGACAUUGCAUGUUGUGAUAUAUUAUGGUUUGUAGGUGACCGUCCUGAUGGAACCCUAAUUUUUUAUUUAUGGAUGGAUUUACAUGACAUUUGGGUUCACCCAGCAGUGUUUCAAUUAAUUUUUUUUUAAUAUGUGGUUGGGUUUUUCUAAUAGAUAUACUGUACAGGAAACACUUUUAAUGGAAAUUAUUUGUGCUUUUGACCAUAUAAAGACCAUGGACUGAUGGUACUUUAGUACUAUAAACAGGAUAUUACUUGCUGGAGAGCAAGAUUGUCAAAAGGUGCCACCUUUCUAAUUGUUGCCUGGUUCAGAGUUCAUUAGAAUGCCCCAGGACUGUAUUGUAUGCUGAACUUUGUCUACUUGUCUUCCCCUUCUUGGCCAGAUUCUUGAGUGAUGUCGGGUAUGAAACAUCUUGCUUCCAAAGAACCAUGCGGGAAGGACUGGUGGUUAGGAAACACAAGGGAGGACAACAAAUUAGGUGCUUCAUACCCAAAGUUAUGAUCCAGAGCUAUUACUUAUAUAAUAAAAAAAAUCUGGCAAUCCCUGCAAACUUGAUCUUGCAGCACUUGCUCCAAAUCUUGGCAUGGAAGCUUUCAUUUUGAUUGUGUCCUUCCUUUGAGGCAUUUUUGCAUAAGUUCAGUCUUGUUAAGGUCGACAGAUAUGCCCAAAAAUAAUCUGCUGCUUCUCUUGUCUAUCUUUGCCAGAAACUCUUCUCCAUCUGGACAAUACUUGUGUCAUCAGUACUGAUGACACGCAAGUAAGUCAAGAUGGUAGCUGAACACAUUGUUGCGUAUUGCUUUUCCAUGAUACCCUGUAUUGUCAAAUUGUCAGUGACAUUAUCUGUCAACAUGUAGGCACCACCAAGUUCACUCCUCGAUCUUACUAGUUUUGGUCACCGCUGUUGUAAUGUCUUGAUUUUUCUGAGUCUUUCGCUUGCUCGUGUGAUUGAUACACUCUUCCUUCACCACGGGAUAAUCAUUUGAACCAUCACCAUCAUUUAGAGUACACACAGCUGGUGAGAACGGUUCCACAGUCUAACAGCUGCUGGUGCUGCUGCUUUCGUUGCUCCAUAUUUUUCCUCAAAGUUUUUCGUACAGGUGGAUUCAUGGCCUUUCUUCCAGGUGUCAGGAGUCAUUAGAUGUGAGCUUCUUGGUGAAAGAACUGCAGUACAGUAGUUGGACAGCACUUCGAAAUCUAACGAGAUACCUGUAAUCCAAUUUUCAUCAUUAUUUUAUCAUUUGCAGGGGGAUGAUCCCCUUCACAAUGGUGAUUUACCAGAAAUACAAUAGACUCUUAUGUUAAAGCUAAAUGGGAAUUUUUUCAUCAAUACUGUGCUUCAAGAUCUUUCAUGUAAUGGGCUUAACAAUAAAAUAUAUCAAUAUUGAGAAAAGUGGAUCUAGAGUUGAACUUUUAAGGAGGUUCUGGUUGGUGUUGCUGUAUUGGAGAAAAAUGCGUUUGGAAGAUUUUAAGGAUGUGUGAUACUGAUGUAAUGUUCUUCUUGCAUUAGCAUGCUGAUUAUAUUUCCUGAAAGAAACAUUUGUAACUUAAGAUAUGCAUAUUGAUCUCCAAACCUACUGUAGAGCUUAAAUUUUUUCUUCAAAUUUGUUUAAUAAUUUUUUUCUAUUUAUGCAUAUAUACUUCUUCAUAAGGCCAAAAGACACAUUUUUUUUUUCAGUUUCUUGGCCAUUUCCAUUUUAGUCUACCAAGCCUUAAAACUUUAUUUGGCAUUAACAGGUUUAGCUUAAAGCUAAUAUAUAAAUAUUUUUAGUAGGCAUCUUUUUAAAAAGUACUGUAGCUUAUCGAUUUGCUUAAAUACAAAAUCUAUUUUAUGGAAAAUGGGUAGCAUGUUUAGUCAAACUUUGUGACUAAUCAAAAAUUCCAAACUUGAAAAUUAUUUUCUUGAUUGUACAGUAUAGCUAUAAUUGCAUCCUCAAUUAUUUUGCUUUCAAAGUCUUGCCUUCAUGAAGUGAUUCCUGCAAAAAUCUGCAAAAGGACACCCUUAAUUCCUUCUUAACACUAUUGUACUCACAAGUUUUGACAUAAUUAAUUAUUGUAAUGUCAAGUACAGUAAUAGUGCUUUAUAUCCAAGAACAAUAGAAAAUAACUUGCUUUAAAAGAUAUUAAUUUCAUAGCUUCUGAAUGACAAAUUAUUUAUAUUUGUGUUACCUUACACUCUGUUUAUUUCCAUAAAAAUAUUACAUAACAAUCAAAUGAAAUUAUUCCAUACAAAAAAAUUCUAGUUGUGUAGUACAGUACUAGAGCUUCAUAUAAGGCUUUACUAUGAUAGCAUACUCUUUAGAAAUAUAAAAAUCUAUCCUCUGAAUUAAAGUACAUCAUCUUUAUUAUAUCCCAGAAUUAAUUUAUAUACAAUUGUGUGUCACUGUGUGCACAACUUAUCCUUUGUGUAAACACUUAAAACUCUUGUAAGGAGCAAAAGUUUUUAAUGAAACUUUGCCAGAGCAUCAGUCUCCGAAAGAAUUCAUAUGAGUUUGAUAAUAAACUUGACCCAUUUAGUUUUCCCAAGACAUUAAUGAUGUUGGUGAUAUAUACAGUACCAGUAGUUGUUUAACAACAACAGAAUAACGAUCCGCCAUUACAGUAAAGCAAAUCUCGCAACAGAGCUAAGAGUACUGGUGCAAGUUCUUAGUUUUUUCUUUUAAAUUGAAGAAAAUAAUAUUAAUUGAGAUCAAGAUUAUAGUUAUAUUGCAGUACAUUAAACUUUUAGGCAGGGAUAGGCUUGUUUGCUUUGGAUAAAACGUAUACAGUAAUUCACUAUUAACCAGCAACCUUUUCACUUGAUUUAGCAAACUGCUGCCCCAUUGUUCACUAUGUAUGAAUGACCUGUAUGUUUUAGGGAGUGAAAAACUGUGACAUUCCAAUACCAUUUUCAAAUGGCUUGCAACUUGGAAAAAUUUUCUCAAUUCAUUCCAUGUAUUAAAUUUGUUGGACAAUGUGUGAUGAUAUUGUAACACGG